UUUGAUCCGUGGUGCUAUGUAUCUGUAGUGAGAUGAGGUUGGCGGAUGUUUUGUUUCAUGUGAAAACGUUAUCGUUGUUUGGCUUUUAUCGCACGUUAAAAGAAACGUUGAAAUUAAUUUCUUAAAAUAAUUAAUUUCAUUGAGGAAAUAACAAUGUCUGCAGCUACAGGAAUACCUGAUAAGUUAUGGCAGCCUCCUCAUGUUGUAUUAGAAACCACUAUGGGAGAGAUUGUUGUUGAAUUAUACUGGAAACAUGCACCAAUGACAUGCAGGAACUUUGCUGAACUUGUAAGAAGGAAUUACUACAAUGGAACCAAGUUUCACAGAAUUAUAAGGGAUUUUAUGAUUCAAGGUGGAGAUCCCACUGGAACAGGGAAAGGGGGUGCUUCCAUUUAUGGGAGACAUUUUGAAGAUGAAAUUCAUGAAGAAUUGAAACACACAGGUGCUGGGAUAUUAUCGAUGGCAAACUCAGGACCACAUACAAAUGGCUCUCAAUUCUUUAUUACCCUUGCUCCAACUCAGUGGCUAGAUGGGAAACAUACUAUAUUUGGUCGUGUACAUUCUGGAAUGAAUGUGGUGAAAAGGAUUGGAUUGGUUGAAACUGAUAAAAAUGACAGACCACUUGAUGAUGUAAAAAUAGCGAGAGGGUAUAUUCGAUCACACUAAGAUCCCUUAUCAUUAUCAUGAUAAUAUCACACUGACUUUUUAAAUUGUAAAUAAAUAAUACAAAUAUUUCAAUGUUAUUUUUUAAAUGAGUUACAAUUAUUUUAUGGUGAAUUACCUCUGUGUUUUAGUAUUCAUAGUUCAUGUAUAUUGUUGUGUCUAGGGCCAUUUUCUAGUGGAUUGCAAGGAGUUGAUACAGUAUUUCCAGACCUCAUGUUAAAGUAGUAUCAAUAUCAUAAGCGUCUUAAGUACAAAAGCAUGAAUCACGCUGUAAACCAUCAGUUUGUCUCUUUCUCAUUGGGUUAGCUGAGUCAGUGAUGUGACUUGCUAUGGUGAUAAUCAACGGAUUAUAUUCCCGGUAAAGGCUGGGAUAUUUCUUUUUGCUGCAAUGUUCAGACCGGCUGUGGGAUUGGCUGAGCUUCCUAUCCGAUAGGUACUAGGGUCUUUCUCUGAAGUAAAGCGUGAGAGCAAGAAUCUUAUUUCGUUAAAUUCUGCAAGUGCUGAGGUUAAUAAUGCAUGGAGCUUUGUUUGAGCAGAUCCUAUAUGUCAGAGAUGAGCAGGUAUUUUGGCUGGUGGGUCAGAUCACCACGUGUUUGAAUUAUUUCUUCUGUUUGUGCAUGGAGUGGAUUAAGGAUGAAGUUAAAAGGGAUUAUGAACACAAACCAUAAAUCAUAUAGCAGAUUACAUGAUUCGGUUACAUGUUGCAUAUUUCUUGAGAUAUUCAAAGUGUUGAUGGAUAUGUGGGGAGUUAUUUUCAUUAAUGUGUUUCCAUGACCCAGACUAGAGGAAAUGUUCAUUCUGUAUUAAGCCCAUGGGCUGGCUUUUGCCCACCCUUGUACAUUUUCAUGGUGUAAUGGUAAGAAAUGAGAACAAUUUUACCAGCUUCUCACCUUAAAUAUGUAAUUUCCUGUUACAAACAUGUGGAGCAUACAAUAAGUUCCAAGGCUCUGUUUUGUACUUUUGAAUGAAAUGAGACUUCAUGUAUUACAUGCUUCAGGCAUCAUCAGGACCUAUAAUGUCAAUUCUGUGAAAAAUGAAUUUUGAAUGCAGUGAAACAACACUACAGCUGAAGUCAGCAUAUAAAGUGACACACAUUGUUGUCAGAAGAGGUGUAAAAUAUGGAAAUUGUGUGCUCCAAGUCAUCACCAUUUGCAAGAUGCAAAGAAGAAUCUUUGCUACCUAGUUUGGUAUAUAUCACAGAUGAUUUAGCAUUGUGUUCCAACAUGAAAUUUCAUGUUAAACAUCAUGCAUUCAUUCAUUUAUUUCGUGUCCAUGGAUCAUUAUACAUGAUAUAAGACAUGUCAUUCUUGUGUAGUUAUAGUAUAAUAUUAUAAUAUGGUCUUUGUAAAGUUUGUAUUCUCAAGGACUGACAUUUGUCCUCAAGUGGAUAAAUAAAAAUGAAGGGGUUAUCA